AUGAGCAUCACUGAUGUGCUCAGCGCUGACGACAUCGCGGCAGCCCUGCAGGAAUGCCAAGACCCAGACACUUUUGAACCACAAAAGUUCUUCCAGACAUCAGGCCUCUCCAAGAUGUCGGCCAGCCAAGUGAAGGAUGUCUUCCGGUUCAUAGACAGUGAUCAGAGUGGAUACUUGGACGGGGAGGAGCUCAAGUUUUUCCUCCAGAAGUUUCAGAGUGAUGCUAGAGAGCUGACUGAGUCAGAGACCAAGUCCCUGAUGGCUGCAGCGGACAAUGAUGGAGAUGGGAAGAUUGGAGCUGAUGAAUUCCAGGAAAUGGUGCAUUCUUAA